GUUAAUGACGUAAGGAGAACGUAUAGUGAGUCUGAUAUACUAAGACUAUUAAACAUAAGAUCAUGUUUGAUUCUUGUUUGCGUACAUAAAAUACAACUGUUUAUUAUUGUAUUAAUCUAUUUACAUAUAUAUCUUAUUACCAUGGCAUUAAUUUUUCGUGCGUGUAUUGAUAAACAUUCGUUAAGUGGUUUAUUUAAUCGAUUAUGUAAGGUGUCAAAAACCAUUAAUGUACUACAGAAAGCACAUAUUAGUGGAAAAGUUAAUCGAGUUCAACGACCUAGACCGCCACCUUUUCCUUAUCAAGAGAAAGAAUAUACUGCCUUAAGUUUCUUUGAGUACACCAUAGAAAGAUAUGAUGAGAACAGUAAAAUUAUAGUUGUUGAAGGACCUAUAGCUGCUGGGAAAGAUAAAUUUGCCAGAGAAUUGGCGAAAGAACUUGAAAUGGGAUAUAUGCCAUCUCCAUCAUUUGAUUUAUUAUAUAAAAAUGCUUAUGGUUUUGAUAUGAGAUCGUUAAAUUCACAAUUGCCUGAGAAAUUGCAAGCAUAUGAUAUACAAACAUUUUUAAAUAAUCCAAAACACCAUUGCGUGCCAGCUUUACAAGUUACAAAUUAUCUAUUAAAAUUAAAUGCUUAUCUAGAAUCAUUGUUGCAUGUACUAUCAACUGGAGAAGGAGUAGUGCUUAAUCGUUCUUUAUAUUCAGAUUUUGUAUUUAUGAAUGCUAUGUAUCAAGCAGGAUAUUUAAAUCGUCAAUGUCGUCGUUUCUAUGAAGCAGUUAUAGAAGCAACAAUGUGUUACUGUAGGAAACCUCACUUGGUUAUUUAUUUGGAUGUUCCAGUCAAUGUAGUUAAGGAAAGAAUACAGAAGAGAUGUAUACCUUAUGAAGUAAAUUCAAAAGUUUUAACAACAAAAUAUCUUACUGAUAUAGAAACUGCAUAUAAAGAAGAAUAUUUACCACAAAUUUCUAAUCAUGCAUAUUUAUUAAUGUAUGAUUGGGCAAAUGGUGGGAAUAUCGAAGAUGUGGUCGACGAUAUAGAAAGGAUAGAUAUGGAAUAUAAUGAUCAAAAUCCAAAGAAGUUAUGCGAUUGGCUAUUCUUAAAUUUGUCUGAAUUGGAUGAGGCAAGACAGAUGUAUUCCCGUCGAAAUAGAUCUCUGAUCAUUGCAGAAUCUCAAGUACCACUUUUUGAAGUUUCUGAAAUGUAUCAUUUUGGUGAUGACGUAAAAAAGAUUGCUGAGUUACAACAAUCGAUUCCUGGUGGAGAAUUCUCAGAAGGAUAUAAUCCUGAUAUGGGUGAUAAAGUAUUCUGGAAGCUCAAACAUGAACAUAAUCCUACUAUACCUUCUGUGAUAUCCUAUAAGGAACUUGUAGCAGCUGAAUGAAUGUGAAUACAAGUAAAAAUAAUUAUUUUAAAUUAGAUAUUUAUCUAAGUAAACUGAACUAAAAUACUUGUAUAAAUUGUAGUAAGGAAAAACUGAAUUGAAAAGGUAAUAAUGUAUUAAAUGAAAAAUUGAAUAUGACAAUAAAUGUCUACGAACUUAUA